ACAAAACCCAGCCUGUCCCGUCCUUCCCAGGUGGGUGGAUGAAGACGGAGCGCUCCUGCUACCUGAAGAAAAGGCGAGCAGACUUCGUGGCCGGCUACCUGCGAGGCAGAGUCGUGGUGGCCGGGGGCCUGGGGAAUCAGCCGACUGUGCUGGAGUCGGCAGAGGCUUUCCACCCGGAGAAGAACAAGUGGGAGAGCCUCCCGCCCAUGCCCACCCCGCGCUGCGCCUGCUCCAGCAUCGCGCUGCGGGAUUGCCUGCUGGCCGUGGGCGGCGUCAGCCAGGGGCUCAGCACGGCCGUGGAGGCCCUGUGCCUGUCUGAUUCCUGACUGGAGCAGGAUCCCACCUGGAAUGGCCUGUGUACCUGUCUGAUUCCUGACUGGAGCAGGAUCCCACCUGGAGCGGUCUGUGUGCCUGUCUGACUCCUGACUGGAGCAGGAUCCCACCUGCAGCAGGAUCCCACCCGGAGCAGGAUCCCACCCGGAGCAGGAUCCCACCUGGAAUGGCCUGUGUGCCUGUCUGACUCCUGACUGGAGCAGGAUUCCCCCUGGAGCAGGAUCCCACCCGGAGCAGGAUCCCACCCGGAGCAGGAUCCCACCUGGAAUGGCCUGUGUGCCUGUCUGACUCCUGACUGGAGCAGGAUUCCCCCUGGAGCAGGAUCCCACCUGGAGCAGUCGGUGUGUCUGUCUGACUCCUGACUGGAGCAGGAUCCCACCUGCAGCAGGAUUCCCCCCAGAGCAGGAUCCCACCCGGAGCAGGAUCCCCCCCGGAGCAGGAUCCCCCCCGGAGCAGUCUGUGUGUCUGUCUGAUUCCUGACUGGAGCAGGAUCCCCCCCGGAGCAGGAUUCCCCCUGGAGCAGGAUCCCGCCUGCAGCAGGAUCCCCCCCCGGAGCAGGUCCCAGCAGUGGCCUUGGGGACAGUGCUGGCAGUUCCCAGGAGCAGCAUCCCGCUGCUGUAGGAGCCCGGCAGCUCCUCCAGAACCACAUCCACGGGUUCCCGCCCGGCACUGCUGCUGUACCCCGUGAGGAACCCCCACACUGGCCGUCCCCACCGGGAAGAAGGAGCAAUCGGAGCUGUUUGAUCCCCCCGGGACGGGCGGUGGCUUUGGCGCUGCAGAAGGGACCCCGCUGCCUCCUCCUGGGUUCCGUUCUCCUCAGGCGGAUUUUGGGAGCGCUGUCCGAACUGUCGGGGUGCAAUUCCAGCCGGGAGCAGCUGUGCCAUUAAAAGCUGGUUUUGGGAAAGCUCCUGGAGGGAGCCGGGGCUGUGCCGGAGGUGUUGUGGUGUGAAAAUGCGCGAGAGAGGGCAGGCUGGGAUCCUGGAAUCACGGAAUGGUUUGGGUUGGAAGGGAGCAGCCGGAUCCAAACCCAGCCGUGGGCAGGGACACCUUCCCCGAUCCCAGGCUGCUGGGAAGUGGGAUCCUGCAGGACACAAAUCCCCGGGUUUUGUCACGGCAGGGCCGUGCCCGCUCCCCAGGCUCCGGGCGGGUCAGGCGCUCCUGGCUGCGCCUGCAGGGCGGGUUUUGCGUUCUUUGAGCAUUUUGGGGUGGAUUGUUUCGCGCUGGGUCUCUCCCCAGAGCUGUGAACAGCAGAUGGCACCGCUGGGCUGAGCUGGGCCGGGGCAGCGCCGCCCGCAGCGCUCCCGCUGUCCCGGGCUGCCCCCGCCGGCCGGGGCUGGACCGGGGCGGCUCCAAAAUCCCGUCUCAGGCCGUGCAAGAGCCAAGAAAUAACUUGGACGCCGCGCGUCCCCUCCGGUAUUUUAUCCCAGUGGAGUCCAAACACCUCCCAGGAGCUGGGACAGGGCUGGAUUUGGGUCCAAAGAGUCCCCGGUGCUGCUGCCCAGCGCCAGUCCAGGAAAUGUCCCCGGGUCCCGCUGCAGUGAAUCCCUCGGGACGAGAGAGUGGAGAGCUUCUUCCCCCAGAUCAGCGCUGGGUUUGUCACAAGUCGGCGACGCUCCUGCCGUCCCUGGGGGCUGCAGAGAGCCCCGGGCAGCCCCCCGUGCCCCGGGCAGCCCCCCGCGCCCGCCCUGCCCGCUCCGCGCCUUUAUCCCAGCCCAGCCUUCGGAGUUUUCCGGCCACAAAAAGAUCCCGGGGCGGCCCCGGCCGUGUCCUCGCCUGAACUCCCCACGCUCGGAGUUUACUGAGAGCCCUUUCAGCCCCGGUGGCUGCUCCGACACAGAGGCUGAGGCCUGGGCUGGCCCCGCUGCCAAAGAUCGGCGUUUAUCGGCCCCGAGCAGACCUUGUCUGCACAAACAGGAAACUUCCUCAAGGAGCAGCCUCCAAAGGAUCCGGCGGCGGAGCAGAAAUGGUCCCUGCACCUCGCCAUGGGCCCAGGACACGUGGCUGGGCUGGCCCUGGCUCCUGGGGACAACUUUUUGGGGGGGGGUCACUGCUGUUUUUUGGGGUCAGCUCUGCCCUUUGUGGGUGACAAUUCCCAAAAGGAGCCCAGCGUGGGGUUCUGUGAGCGCUGUUCAGGUUCAGCCGGGAAUUCCGCUCGGGAGAGCUGGGAAUGGAACCCCGGGAAGCGCCUCUGUCCCUGCCACCCUCACCCCUGGGAUGUCCCCAGAGCUGUGGGGCCACCAGCAGCGGGGUCACCCCUGGCUUUUCCCAUUCCCAUGGUGUCUGCCGGCGCUGGAGCGGAUGUGGAGUCACCGUCCUGAGACGCAGACGCUUCCUGCUCGCAAAAUAAAAGCUGCAGCUUGUUUUGUUUUGUUUUGUUUUGGAGGGGAAUUUUGGUUAUUUUUCCUGUAAAUGCCUCGGGGUUCCUGCAGCCCCACGUGCUGGGAGACCCCCAG